ACAUUGGGAAAUCGGAAUGUGUCCGCCUGUACAAAUGGAGUCUAAUGAACGCGUGAGUAUCUGUUUGAAAAGCACCCUGGGUCUGAAAGAAAACAGAUAAACAAUGGCUCUAUUGAAUGGAAUGAGUCCGUUGCUAAGUCUUCUCAUCAUUGGUUCUCUCCAUUUGGCUUCAACAGAGAGGCCCAUGAAAAAAACGUUGGUGUUUCCAGUGGCAACUGACACCAGCUAUGUGGAGCUGAUGCCUCAGAAAGACCUCUCCAUAGCUUCUUUUACCCUGUGCAUGCAGCUGGCCACCGAACUGGCAAAAGGCAAACGUGAGAUUAUCCUGUUUGCCUACCGCACAGAGCAGUUUGACGAGCUCAACGUGUGGAGAGAAUCUGAUGGCACUUAUCAGAUGUUCAUGCAAAGUAGUAAAAAUGGAGUGAGCUUCAACCUGCCUGAGCUCAAUACCAUCCAGACCCACCUGUGUCUCACCUGGGAGUCACAGACAGGCAUGGCUGCGUUCUACGUAAACGGGAAAAGGAGUCUUAGGAAGCUCUAUAAAAUGGGACACCGAGUGCUGCCGGGAGGUAGGGUCAUCCUCGGACAGGACCCAGACUCUCUCCUAGGGAAUUUUGACAUCAAUCAGAGUUUUGUCGGUGAGAUCACAGAUGUCAACAUGUGGGACUAUGUGCUGUCCACUGCCAUGAUCAGAGAUUUGAAUGAUGGGAAAUGGGUCCCCAGAGGGAACAUUUUUGACUGGGAAACCAUAAAUAUGAAACUCAAUGGUAAUGUCACAUUGUUCUCUGAAGAUCUGUAAUUUGAGUUGUCACCUUGAAUGAAAACACUAGGCACAGGAAUGUCUUUGUGUGAACUGCAAAGGGUAGAGAAUCACAUAUUAAUCAAAUCAAAUGACAAUAAUCAGUAGUUCAUCAUAGAUUUACACUUCAUUCAUGACUGUCUGGAGUAUCUGACACUCUGUACAAAAUGUCUAUUCAUCACACAGAAGGACAGACAUGACCAGUAUAUUCAGAACAUCAGUAGUUCAUCAUAGAUUUACACAUUAUUCUAUUGUAGUUAUUCUAUUGGAGGAUAUGAAAGUGUAAUUUUGUAUAAUGGAACCAAGUACUGAAUGUGGUGAUUUGAUAUGGUGACUAAAUGGAUAUACAUGAUAUAAUAACUUUUUUCCUGACACCCAGGUGUAUUUGCACCAAACACUAGAAUAUGAUUUUAUUUGCAAAUUAAGUAGGAGUUUAAAGUGUAGUAAGGUUUAAUGAUCCUCUCUAACUCACAUGUGUAUACUCAGUUCAGUAGAUGGCUAGCCCAUGACAAUAAGGUUUAUCUGCAGACCGCAAGUCAGGGGCAUUAAUUAAUAUGGGGGUUCCUGAAUAUUAAGUUACGCCCACUGAUGUUCGCCAUUGGUCCGUUUAAAUUGGGGUUCCUGAAUAUUAAGUUACACCCACUGAUUUUUGCCAUUGGUCCGUUUGGGGACACCCUGGUUUGACACACGGUUCGAUGCUAGGUGUUAUGUACAGGUAUGACACUUACAUUGAGUGUGCUAAUGGACGAAGAAGAGUUUACAAACAUUACAACUUUAUUUCAGAGUCUGUGUGAUUUCAUUCAAUAUCUUUUGUCAAGAUAUAACACUAGGUUCAAGCGGUUCAAGCAUUGAUAUAGAAAACAAAA